CUCUGCACUCACUGCCCAGAGAAAGAGAGGGAGAGACACACACAGGGGGUUUGGAUUUGAGACAUUUGGUUCCAUUGCCCAGUACAGUCAGGAACCCUGAGCUUCUCUUAAAACUGGUUUGAGAAAGAGGAUCCACCGUGGUCAUUGGGUACAGUACGUGUAGGAGUUCGUUGAGAAGAUCACAUGCUGGCACAGGAGAUGGCAUCAAGGGGGUUGGCAGUGCUGUGUGUGCUGGUGGCUGGCCUUGGUCAGGUCGGGAGCAGUGGCCAAGCGGGCAGGGAGGACCUGAAUCCAGCGGCCCUGUAUCCAUGGAGACAGAGGAGCAGUGGGGAUCUGAGCAGGGUGAAGAGGGACUGGAUUAUCCCUCCAAUCAGGGUGCUGGAGAACAGCAAGCAAGUCCCUGAAAACCUGGUCCAGAUCAAAUCAGACAAGAUUUUUACUGGAGAAGUGAUCUACAAGCUGGAAGGACCAGGGGUUGACCAGGACCCUAAGAACCUGUUUGAGAUAGACGAUAAAACAGGCUGGAUCAGGAGCAUGAUUCCUCUGGACAGAGAGAAAUACAGAAGCUUCACGCUGAAAGCCUUUGCCCUGUCGCCCAGUGGAGAGAGACUGGAGAAUCCCUCCACCAUUGAGAUCGUAGUGCUGGAUCAAAAUGAUAACCGGCCCAACUUCUCCCAGAAAGAGUUUGCUGGAUCCGUUUAUGAAUUCUCCGUACCAGGCACAUCUGUGAUGUCUGUGACUGCGACUGAUGCUGACGACCCAACCACAGACAACGCUAUCCUGAGCUAUUCCAUCAUUGGCCAGGAGAGCAUCCCGCUUCUCCGCAUCAACAAGACCAUGUUUGGCAUCAACAACGAGACAGGGGCCAUUUACACACGAGACGUGGGUCUAGACUGGGAGGUGGUUAAAGGCUUUCGCUUGAAACUGCAGGUUGCUGACAUGUCAGGCAUGGGGUUAACCAGUCUUGCGAAUGCAGUCAUACAUGUGACUGACAUCAACAACAACCCCCCACGAUUCUCCCCAGACCAGUACACUAUGUCAGCUGUGGAGAACAAAAUAGACUUUGUGAUUGGCUGGGUCAACGCCACAGACAAUGAUGAGCCAGGGACAGGAAACUGGGAGACAAAAUACACCAUCGCCAAGGGCAACCCCUCUAGGAACUUUGCCAUUCGCACAGACCCUGUGACCAACGAGGGUAUUCUGUCAGUGGUGAAGGCUCUGGACUACGAGUCCCAAGAGGUGUAUACUCUGACUCUGACAGUGGAGAAUGUGAACCCUCUCAGCAUCAAGGCCCCCAAGAACCCUGUAAGCAGUGCCACAGUGGUGGUGACCGUGGUGAAUGAGAACGAGGCCCCACGCUUUAUUAAAGACCCCAUAGAGAUCUUGGUUCCUGAGUCUGUGGACCCUGGCACCGUGCUGGCCAGUAACAUCGCCUACGAUCCCGAUAAUGCAAAACUCAAGUAUGACAUACUCAGAGAUCCUGAGGGAUGGCUUAUAAUCAAUCACGAGACUGGAGAAAUCGCAGCCAGGAAACCGUUCAAUGUCCUCUCCCCUCACGUCAAGAACAACAUUUACAAUGCAGUCAUCAGAGUCACAGACACAGACGCUGGUGGAAUCUCGACCACAGCGUCUCUGGUGAUCACGUUGUGGGAGACCAAUGAUUUCCUCCCUCAGCUGUUCCCCCUGAUGGGGACGGUGUGCAGCGAGUCAGGGCGGAAGACAUCUGGUCUGUUCCUGACUGCUGUGGAUGAGGACCUGCCCCCUCAUGCAGAACCCUUCACCUUCCACCUGCAAGACAUUAAUGUGUCUGCCAACUGGACCAUCAUACAGGUCAAUGAGACUCAUGCAGUGCUGCGACCCCUGGUAGAGCUGGAGACAGCGGAAUAUGCUGUCACUGUGUUGGUGACUGACUCUGGCACCCCAAGUCUCAGUGCAUAUGCUCAGGUCAAUGUGACUGUGUGUCCGUGUGGGAAAGACGGUGAAUGUAAGACCGAAGCUGCUGCCAUAUUCGGAACACGAGUUGGUGUCAGCUUCAUCGCCUUACUGGUCAUCAUGGCCAGCAUCGCACUCCUGCUGUUGUUGCUACUCCUGGCUGUAGCCGUGGGUAACUGCAGACGGCAUCAUAUGAAGAAAGGAGAAGGGCUGUUGGUGGGGGAUUCAGACGAAGACAUCCGUGACAAUGUCCUGAUCUAUGACGAGCAGGGUGGUGGAGAGGAGGAUGAGAAUGCCUUCAACAUUGACCUACUGAGGAACCCAACGGAAGUGGGACCACUCCCAAUAUCCUACUACCCUCCCGUCUCUGGCAUCCCCAGGGGAAAGCAGCCACUCAGGAAAGACUACCCAGACAACCUGCCCUCCCCCUCGUAUCCACGGAAACCCCCAGCGGACCCCACUGACAUUGAGGACUUCAUCAAUGAUGGCCUGGAGGCAGCAGACCAUGACCCCAACAUCCCUCCCUACGACACAGCUCUGAUCUAUGACUACGAGGGUGAUGGCUCCCUGGCAGGCAGCCUGAGCUCCAUCGCCUCAGCCAGCUCAGACGGUGACCAGGACUAUGACUACCUCAACGACUGGGGACCACGCUUUAAGAAACUGGCCAACAUGUACGACCCACGCUAAGGAGACUGCCUGGUUAUUUAGCUACCAGUACAUUUACCGUAGCUUUAUCCUCAGAUGCCAUCUAUUUUCUCCUAAACUCCACCCAACUCCCUAUUC